AAGAAGAGCGACUCAUCAUGUGACUCUUUCUUCAUAACUAACAAACCAGGAAAACCUGUCAGUGUUCAACAGAGAAGCAGCGAUGAGACACACCGAUCAAGGUCUGAUGUUGGGGAGCCUUCUGCUCGUCUUCCUGUGUGUCGGCGCGGCGGCCAAGUUUGAAAGCCAGCUGGACGACCUCUGGGAGCUGUGGAAGAAGACGCACGAGAAGAAGUACACAGAUGAGGUGGAGGAUAUGCACCGCCGGGAAUUGUGGGAGAAAAACGUGAUGCUCAUUAGCAUGCACAACCUGGAGGCCUCCAUGGGGCUGCACACCUACGAUCUGAGCAUGAACCACAUGGGAGACUUGACAGCAGAGGAGAUCCUGCAGUCGCACGCCAUGCUCACUCCUCCCAACGACAUCCAGAGGGCACCCUUAGCCUUCAGAGGGGCUUCAGGCGCUAAAGCCCCCGACACCAUGGACUGGAGAGACAAGGGCUGUGUGACCAGCGUCAAGAUGCAGGGUUCCUGUGGCUCCUGCUGGGCCUUCAGUGCUGCAGGGGCCUUGGAGGGCCAGUUAGCCAGGACCACAGGGAAGCUGGUGGACCUGAGUCCCCAAAACCUGGUGGACUGUUCUGGAAAAUACGGAAACCUCGGCUGCAACGGGGGCUACAUGAGCAAGGCCUUCCAGUACGUCAUCGACAACCAGGGCAUCGACUCCGAGGCUUCGUAUCCGUACAAAGGACAGGACCAGCAGUGUCAGUACAACCCUUCGUACCGCGCUGCUAACUGCUCCAGCUACAGCUUCCUGCCUGAGGGGAACGAGGCCUCUCUGAAGGAGGCGCUCGCCAACAUUGGACCCAUUUCAGUGGCGAUUGACGCCGAACAGCCCAAAUUCCGCUUUUACAGGAGCGGGGUGUAUGAUGACCCAAGCUGCACCCAGAACACUAACCACGGGGUGUUAGCUGUGGGGUACGGCUCUCUGAACGGACAAGACUACUGGCUGGUGAAGAACAGCUGGGGAACGUCCUACGGAGAACAGGGCUACGUCCGGAUGGCACGCAACAAGCAGGACCAGUGUGGCAUCGCUCUGUACGCCUGCUACCCCGUUAUGUAGCUGCAGAAGAAACAGGCUGGAUACUUAACGUCCCUUUCAGUUUUAUAUAUCCACUAUUUUUAAAGUUACAUUUUAUAAUGAUCAUAACAGUUUUCUUCAGGUUGGGUUUUGGGAAAUUCCAUUGAAUGCACCUUCGAAGGGGAAAAGCCAAGAACAGGAAAUCUUUAAAUACUACAGUUUUAUCAUUUAUCUUGUCUUUACUGUGUGCUUGAAUCUUUAAUAAAGAGACAUGUACUGUGUAAUCUU